GAUUUCUCCCGAUCCUCGUCGCGGCUAAAAUUUGUUCGGUGUUUGUCUAAAUUCUCAAACUGACAGGGUUUACAAGAGAAAUGUACCUAAUUUUGUGCGAUUGAUGCAAAUAAAUCGGAAUAUGUCCGACUUCAUAAAUCCGUGCGGUAAACCGCAUGAAAGGACGCCAUGUCGUUAGUUGGUGCACAUGAAGUCACCGUGGCCGACGGUGGAUGAGUUACAACGGGCACUGUUGUAGAAUAGUACCGGUAGUCGCCGUCUCUCCCUGCUCGUCUUCAAAGAAAGUCUGGACUCCGACUUGAUGUCUCGCCCUAGUGAUCCGUGGUUUGCAGUGCGGAGGAAUUAUACUCGUUUCAGGGAAGAGAUUCAAACUAACGAGUUUGUGGUCCAUGCCUAUUCCUAUGGACUUCUCUCACGUUCCCAUGUUAACGAAAUACGGAGGUCGCGAAAUACACAUGAAAGUAAUGCACGUCUUCUUGAUAUUCUCUUGAAGGGCUCUGAAGAGUCGUUUCGUGUAUUCGUCCAACUGCUGACAGACAGUGGACACGAUGAUGAACUAGUUGCAUUGUUGCAUGAACACGUUCGCAAUGCUUCUCCGUCUAGACCUGCAGUACGCCCCACUGACAACCAAGAUGAAUCAUCACCAGGUGUAGCUGACAGCAGGGCUGCAUAUGAAAAUGGCGUGGGCCGUCCCAACGUGGACAUCACGAUCCCAUUUGCCCGCGCUGUGGUCAUUGGUGAAUCACAGUCCGGGAAAUCAAGUCUCACCUCCUCGCUAUGUGGAGAGGCGAUACCAACCGAUGCGGACAAUAGCACUAUUGGAAUAGAAGCGACAACUGCCAUCAGCCGAAGAGGUGAUUCCAAGGCUGCAUGGCAAACACAGUCUCUUAGCACUGAACUUGUCAAGAUUAUUGCAGGACGUGGAAGCGAAUCAGCCUCUAGAUCUCUGCUCCACAGGCAAGCUUCCAUUGCCCUCGGCGCACAAGAUUCUGAGCUGGAGGCGGAGGGUCGCUCGAGUCAUGUGUUCCGCUCCGCUCUGAGGCGAGUGACAGAGAAGGGUUACUGCAAGCUGCAAGACGGUCAUCUAUCCAUUGACACGUCCAUACACGUGUUUCGACUGUGGGACACCGCUGGUCAGCACGCUUACCAGCUGAUGCAGCGUUCUUUCUACAGCUCGUACCGUACAUCCUACCUGAUCGUGUACAAUGCUGGGCAUGCUGUGGAUGCCAUAGCUCCAGUGGAGAAGGUGAAAGAAGUUGGCACAGCAAGGGAAGUACCCACACCGGGCUCACGUCAGGACAGCCUCUACUACAUUCAUGAAGCAAUGCAGUCUGUCAGUCACUUGCCUGAGAGCCAGGCAUGUCGUGUGUUCAUUGUCGGUUGUCGGAAGGACUGCAACUCAGACGACAACACACCCGGGUAUUGGGAAGGGCAGACAUCUCGCAUCCUUAAAAGUCUGAAGGGCAAGGGAUUCGCCUCGUUGCUGAAGAAGGAAAAAGACAUUGUAUUUGUCGAUAACAAGCACAACGGAAUGCACGAUGUUGGCGUAGUCUACCUGCGAGAGCAACUGAUGGAAGAAAGCAUGUGUCACACGGGAAUUCCUCUAGCGCGCCUCCUCGAGACUCUGGUAUUGCUGGAGACAGCAGACACUGGAGAUAUCGCUCUGCCCUGGGUCAGGUUGGACGACUUGCGCGAGUUGGCCAUAAGCUUGGGUAAUGUCACCGAGAGUAAUGAAGACGACUUCAAGGCUAUGCUGCAGUUUCAUCAAGGAAUGGGCAAUAUUCUUGGCUUUGAGCAUUGCGAGGAGCUGCGUCACAAGGUAGUCAUCAAUGUUCCCGGCCUGCUGCAAGCGGCAGGUGCUCUUAUCGUGCCGAAGCUGGAGCUCAAUGACUACCCGCUAAGUGAUCGCGAUGACUACCACCUGUAUUACUGUGGCUUUGUCACCGACAGCAUGGCUAAAACCCUCUGGGAAAAACGGAGUUCACCCAAGCAAGCUUGCCGGUUCAGGAAGCUCGUAGGAAAUCCUGUGGAGCGUGAAUACUUUGUCAAGUUAAUGGAUGAGAUGUGCUUGCUAGCUGAUGCAGGUGCAAUUCGACUGAAGUCAGGCAAGGAAAAAAGAAUCUUCCUGAUGCCAUCCGUUGCCUGUUCUGCGACCAAUGAUUAUGCCUGUUGGAGCGACGAUGACGACAAAGAUGAAGAUACGAAGCUGUUCAGCAAAGUCUACAUCACAUCUGCAGCUGGUCAUCAUUUCCCACGGCCGCUAUGGUUGUUUAUUGGGACCAAGGUUAUCCAGCGGCACAAUCAGCUACGACCGCAAUCCACCGUCUGGUCGGAGACCGUGCUCUCGUCGCAGCAUAUGAAAUUGCCGUGGAAUUCCAGCAAAGAGCAGUGGCUGCAUUUGUACUAUUCACGCUGCGGCAUCAGUCUCUCCAUGGAGGUGGAGUGUCGCUCCGUCGCUCAGCUUGAUCCGGACCUGGGAACGGCGGUGCUGAGUCAAAUCAUGGAGUGGUUUGACAACUCCAAGCUGGUCCACGCCACAAUGGAGCUGCACACAUCCGUCAAGUGCUGCUGCGACAGUAGCAUCCCUGGCAGCUCAACAGUUUGUGCAGCCCAUGGUGACGUCAGCUGUCGUCAGAGAGCUGGCUGCUUUCAUCUCGUUGAUCAAGUCCAGGCUGGGGAAUCACCGCGUUGCCCAGCCACGUUUCCACGCAAAAAGAAGGAACUGGACGGGGAAGCCCUGGAAGCGAUUGGCUUCUGGCUUAACUUGAAGCAGGGCACACGCGAUUCCAAGUUCGUCUUGGCGGAGAAGUUCUCAGGAUCUGUGGCUGGUGGUUCUGGCAACAACAUUACACCACUUCCAAGCAUAGCUGUGCUUGAAGGACGCCUCCAACACCAUGAGCGGCUUGGCACCCCUAUGCCCGACAAUCCUUGGCAGAGCCAGCGCUUCAUUGACGAGUUCUACUCAUGGGUGCUCUCCUUGCCCGCCAAUACCCUGAGGCGUUCGGCCGCCAAGGCAUGCAUGCUAAGCAGCCUGAUGGUGAGAGAGUUAGAAGGUCUCAACAGCAACUGGGAAGCGCACAACACUUGCUUCAUGCAGCAUGUCUCACCAGGCGGCGUGCACAAAUUCCUCCCCUUCAUCCGGACCAUCCACGGCAUGGGCUAUCAUAGCCAGGCUGAGCGUUUGAAGCAUCUGCUGCCGGACUGCCUGCUGGUGAGCGAACCGCAAACGUGCAUGUGAUGAGGCUGAGCGUUUGAAGCAUCUCCUGCCGGACUGCCUGCAGGUGGUCUCUCACCUGCUGUGAGUUCUAGCAGGGUGGGUUGACGUAGCUGCUAUGUGUCCUAGCAGGGUGGGUUGACAUAGCCGCUGUGAGUUCUAGCAAGGUGGCUGGCGUAGCUGCUGGUUCAGCAAGUGUCAGUGCAUGCUGGCCGUGCAGUAGUACCUCCUCCACUUGAGUUCCAGUAGUUGACGUUGUUUUGCUUGAGACUGUAUAUCAUGUCUUGAGCUCGUCAGUUUUUUCAUAGGUUUUAUACUACUCAUUCCACCAAAUUAUAAGUUACUUUCCCAGCAUGUUGUCUAUUCUUUAUUUCCCUAGUUUAGCAUUCAUUGUGUGACGGCAUGUUGUCUAUCUACAAUUGACGUUUACGGUACAAUCAUGUAUCGUGUUUCAUUUUCUUGACACUUUUUUAGUGCGUCUUGAUCGCUGGCAGAACUGUUCCUUUUUAUUUUACGUAAUACGUCUCUUUCCAGGAGUGAUGGAGGGUAUCGCCUUGAAUUAUUUUAUCAAUAUAAUUAUACAUACGGAGA